CCAACGGACCGCGCGGUGGGGGCCACGGUGCAAAUGUGACGAGGUCGCGAGAGCCUGGGACACGCGGGAGGAAGGGUUUAACCAUUAGCCACGAGCGCGCAUUAAGACGGGCUGCGCAGAACUCGUGCCGCUCACAUCGCGUGCGCACCGGCGUUCACGCCAGCUGAGACGUGAGGACAGCGCGCGGCGACCAUCUCCCCACACUUUAAGGUGACUGCCUGUUCCGCCCGGAGAGGUCCUUUUGGGCAGCAGGUAAUUCAAUCCCCAGCAGAUCUUUAAAUAUCUUCUUUGGAAACCUCCCUGUAGCCACACAGUGUAAGGCGAAACUCCCUCCCUCACUAGCCAGUGGACGGACCGGUCAAUACUGGAGUCUGCCUCCUUCUACAGUUUGUAAGGGACUAUUUAGGACCGACCACAGGGAAAAGUUUCCAUUGCUCUCAAGAACACCUUCAUCUUUAGGUUCUGACUAGUAUGUUGUUUUUUUGCUGGUCCACUCUAAGCACCUUGCAUUGAAUGGAGGACCUACUGGUUCUGCUGCCAAAGCACCGACAGGAACACGGGCUCUGCAGAUGCACUGCUGCCGCCUCUCUGGACAUCUAUUCCCACCAAGUGCUUUUCUCCUCUUCACCAGCGGCCCUAACCUCCUGCUCGCCUCUUUAAUGGGAUAAAUAAAACCUGGGCUGAGCACGUUCAAGACCAGAUCAGGUGACUGUUUCCGUUCUGACUUCCCCAGAACCAUUGGGUCAAGGCGAGCUGACCUUUUCUUGUCAAGUCUAUUGUCUUUCAAAGGCCUCCGCAUGGUGCUUUGGUCGAAAGAACAAGACAAAGUCCCCAACAUCGACAUGUCCUCAGGGGCCAUUGAGAUAAAGAAAGAGGGAGGCCCCCUCGCCCCGGUCUUUCUAAACUCCAACUGCACUGUCCACCCACUCAUCCUCUCCAACGGCCCGGAAGAAGUGAGCCCGGGAACGGGAGGUGAGUUUGAGCUCACGGAGGCCAGCUCUUUCACGGAGAGGGCCUGCGAGACAGUGGAGGACGAGGAGAGGUCGGAGAUCGUGGUAGCAAUAGACUGUUUAGACAAUGCCAAAGGUCAGCGGGAGGAGGAUGCUCUCCUGGAGAAUGCGAGUCAAAGCAAUGAGAGUGACGAUACUAGCACCAAUCAGAGCCCUGAACCACCGGUGCCCCUCAAGGAGAGCUCCUUCUCCAUCGGUCUGCAAGUGGUUUUCCCCUUCCUGCUGGCUGGGUUCGGGACAGUGGCUGCGGGAAUGGUGUUGGACAUCGUCCAGCACUGGACGGUGUUCAUCGAGGUGUCGGAGGUGUUCAUUCUGGUUCCUGCAUUGUUGGGGCUCAAAGGCAACUUGGAGAUGACGCUGGCCUCAAGACUUUCCACAGCGGCUAAUAUUGGUCAAAUGGAUACAGCCAAGGACAUGUGGAAGAUGGUUAUGGGAAACUUAGCCCUGAUCCAGGUCCAGGCGACAGUGGUGGGGUUCCUGGCUUCCAUAGCUGCUGUGAUCUUUGGCUGGAUCCCAGAGGGACACUUCAGGCUGGGUCAUGCCGUGCUGCUGUGCGCCUCCAGCGUUGCCACUGCCUUCAUUGCUUCGCUCAUCCUCGGUCUCAUCAUGAUUGGCGUCAUCAUCGCGUCCAGGAAAGUUGGCAUCAACCCUGACAAUGUGGCCACACCAAUUGCGGCGAGCCUGGGAGACCUGAUCACCCUUUCCCUGCUGGCGGGCAUCUCCACUGGGCUCUACAAGGAGCUAGAGUACAACGACUACGCCAACCCGCUGGUGUGUGCAGCGUUCGUGGCUAUGUGCCCUCUGUGGGUGCUGAUCGCUAGGAAGAUCCCCUCCACCAGAGAAGUCCUCUAUUCUGGCUGGGAGCCGGUCAUUAUUGCCAUGGCGAUCAGCAGUGUGGGAGGAUUGAUCCUUGACAAAACUGUCACCAACCCCAACUUUGCUGGAAUGGCUGUUUUCACACCAGUCAUCAACGGUGUUGGGGGUAAUCUGGUGGCAGUGCAGGCCAGUCGAAUUUCCACCUAUCUCCACAUGAACUGUCUUCCCAUGGGAGAGCCUAGCCCCUCCCCCAGGAAGUGCCCCACACCUUGCACUUCUUUCUUUGGCUCCACGGUCAACUCUCGUUCAGCCCGUGUGCUCUUCCUCCUGGUUGCUCCAGGUCACCUCGUCUUCCUCUAUACCAUCAACUCUCUGAGAGGAGGGCACACCACCAUCACACCCAUCUUCAUCACCUUUUAUCUGGCAGCUGCACUACUGCAGGUUAUGAUCCUCCUCUACCUGGCAGACUGGAUGGUUCACUGGAUGUGGGGGCGGGGCAUGGACCCAGACAACUUCUCCAUCCCGUACCUGACCGCCCUGGGCGACCUCCUGGGGACGGGCUUCCUCGCCCUCUGCUUUCACAUGCGCUGGUUCAUUGGGGACAGAGACAUGAAUGUGGGCGACUGAACACCAGAAACAUUCGCACUAAAAGUACAAAUAAAAUCCCUCAGACGUACUGUAAGCGCGCAUGGAUGGACGACUGUGUGUCUGAGAGUGGACAAACAAAAAGGGCUAAAUGUCGUCAUGGCUCAGGAUGAUCCCAUCGCUCACAGUGGAUAUCAGGAUGUGGCUGGACUUGAUCACUUUAGGGCCCAGAAAAUCCAGACAUUGCCUUUCUGUCACUAUGGAAACAAGGAUAUCUCUUGCUAACCACCCAGCAAAUCCCCCAGACUCUACUACCCCUUCUGUAUUUGAAUUAAUAUCCAACCACUCUUUUUAUGUUUGUUGACUGAUUGUUGGUUGAUUAAGAAUCUGAAUAGCAAUUUGUUCAACAUGCACAACAAGUCCUCAUUAUUUUCAAUGGGGAUGUUAGCCCUCUUUUUUUUUAAGCUUUUAACACUUGAAGCCACCGUGAUAAAAGAGAGUAUAUACAUAUAUAUAUGUCUGAAAACAAGAAUGUUUCACCACUAAGUGCUAUUUACAGGAUGAAUAUUACACAAAGUCUAGUUUAAUUUAGCAUUUUGCUAAAUAUCAAAAUUAAUUAUUUUGGCCUUAUUAUGGUAUGAGGGAAGGCUGUGGUCUCACCACAGGGGACUGGACCUAAAUUCCUUUCUUGCCUUUUCCCAUAGCUUCAUUUGAGCACAAAUAUGGGCUGUAAUCUUUAUUUUUUAAUGCCUCUGUCUUUUAGAAUUGCAAAAAAGAAGCAUCGAAUUGAGGUCGAUGCAGCACAGCAUUCUAGGGCGUUUUUUUGUAAACAUUUAAUGAUUGCCUCAUUAGUUUCUGCUGAUGUUCAUUAAAAUACAAAGAUAGCUUCGCUGAAUCUACCAAAAUUAAAAAAUUAGGACUAUCCACGAGAAAAAUGAAUCAAACACAAUAUGUGAAGAAUCAAGAAUAUGUGUACAAAUAUAAUUCAUUGUUGCCAAUUGUUUCAGAAGAAAACAUUUCCAGUUCUUCUAUUUGAAAUCACCAGCCAAACAUACUGUGUGUUUCAAAGUCACAAAAAAAAAGAGCAGCAAUGUUUUUUUGGCUGUUAUUCACAUGUAUUAUUGUGCGACCAGCACAAAAAUUGAUGGAAAUUCAUGUUGGCCACACGUACAAGCGGCCAAGUUGCUGCAUUGCUGCAUCAAUCGCACGUAUUUUAAGUGCGUCCAAGGCAAAAUUUUGUUUUGGUCGUAUUCAAAGUUAAAGUCCUAUUAGUUGUCACGCACCUAGAUGUGUGAAAUUUGUUCUUCAUAUUUGAUCCAUAUCUUUGGGGAGCGGUGAGCUGCAGACUUGGCUGCGCUCAGGAACCGUAUUUAACUCUGAACUUAAUCCUAAUCGUAAUCCGCCCUCUGCGUCCAUACGGCAAAGAAAAAAGUUCAACACUAGCCGCACAUAUAUAGAAAAUUUCGUGCAAAUAGUCACUUUCAUGUUUUUUUAGCCACUUUAAGUUCCUCCCAAAAACUGAAGACUUUUGUCUUUACAAUGCAUUUAAAAGUUAAUAAAUAUUUUAUUUUAUUCUAUAAAAUAGGAUGAAAAAAAAGAAACAAAACUAAAAGUUGUAAACUAAAGCUGGAUUUUUACCACUAAAAUGUGACUGAAUAGAGUUGAUCCAUAUUUGAAAUGUGUCACCAUAAUUUAAGAUGCUAAUGCAACUUAAUUUGUUUUACCUUAAUGAAAUUUACCCUUUAAAAUAUAACACAUUAAAAGAAUAUUACAAGCAAAAUUUGAAAGUUAUAAAAAUUAGUUCCAAAAAAAUAAAUACAAAUUUGCUACAAAUGAAAAGCUUCGGCUAAUUGGCAAGCUAACAAAUGCUAAUGCUAGUUAACCAAAAAGCUAAUCAGCAGGCUGAAAACUACCAUUACUUUUUAAAAUAACUAGUUAAAAAAAUAUUGUCUACUUGCCUUUCAGUUUGCCCAAAAAUAACUGACAGUUAAUCGUUUAGCUCAUUAGCUAGCUGACUUCUCAAAACAGUUAGAUAAUUAGCUACGUAGCUAUCUGAGUCUGCUAACCGUUUCGCUUAGGAGUUAGCUAACAGCUGAGCGGGUCAUUCGGCCAUUUUACAGCUACAUGCUUUUUUAAAAUCCUGGUAUAAGUCUUAAUGAAAGGAAAUUUAUUCAUUUAUGGAAUAAAUUGCAAAGUAAAAAAAGGAGAAAAAUAAUCUUCCACCAGAAAACUAUAAUUUUCACUGCAUCUUUUGUUUUUAAUUUAUUUUCUUUACAUUAGAAAAUUUGAAACGUGCCAUUAACAAAUUAAAACCCACUAUGUAAAAGAAGAAGAAGAAAACGGGAAAUAGUCCUAUUUAUCUUAAUUUACUUACAUUUGUUGCUCCAAAGCUUCCAUCGUUCAUUUGUUAAGGAUAUGUUUUGUUUACUUUUUAGUUUUAUUUUUCUCCAUAUUCAGAAAUCUGACUUUUUUGUUACAGGAACUUUUGAGGACAGUUGGGCAAAAUUCUGUAAAUACAUUUAAAAUCCUAAAUUAAAGUUAUAAUCCAUUAAAUAAAAUGUUAUUUUAAACCAAAAUGCUCUUUUGCGUGUAUUAGCUUCUGGUGUAAUCAGGUUUUGAGGCAUUUCACCCACGAGCUUUUACCUUCUAAUAUACUUGUCUUUAAAACUGAGCACCAUAAACUGAACUGGUCAAAAGUUGAUUUAGGGGCUUUAAUUUUCCUUAAACAUUAUUUUUCCUCUUCCAUCCCAUCCUGUUUGGUAACUUUACCUUCAAAAACUGUUCAUCUCUUUCUGCUAGUGUAAAAAUUACCCACAAUUCAUCAACCCUCCUCUCUUUUUAAAAUAGGGGCCAGCAGCAGAAUGCAUGUGCGGGACACAUAGUGCUAAUGUGCACAACUUGAUCCUUUUAUGUGUUUAUUGAAAAAAAAUCUUCUGGUCUUAAAGAGUUUGUUUUCAAUGUCAAAAAAUGUUUUUUUUUUUUUCUCUUUCUAAUCUUUGAAUUAACUGUAAAACAUCCUUUUUGUUUGUGUGUCAAAAGGUUCAUCAACCACUUCAACUAAUUCAGCAGAGUACUGGAGUUUGCACACUACCAGCAGGGGGCACUGCAGGCUGCUUAGUGUCUUCACUUUGCAUUUGAUGCAGAAAAGUUGCAUCUCUUUCCAUUUUGGCUCAACAUUAUUUACACUUUUACCAUCCAGGUGCCAGCGUACUGUCUCCACAUCAGCAGAAAGGUGUGAAUACUUCUUCAAGGGGGCAUGUAAUGCUAUGUCUAUUUAUUUGAAAAGCACAUAAGGCAAAUUGUACAUAUGGUAUUUAUUCUAUAUAUAAGGUUGUUUAUGUUGCCAUUUUGGCUCAGUUUGGCACCAUGUCAAGCUUUUUUUCUCCUUAUCCUUUCGAGCCUAACACCACUCUUCGAACGUUUGCAGAGACACAAAACUGCCUUAACGUAAACAGAGCCAAGCUCAACUCAGAGUAACCCAUCAGGAGUUAGGUUUGCCUCUUUAAUUCGUUUAAUAAAGGAUGUACAGUCUGUUGAUUACUUGUGAUGCAAUAAUACGUUUGCAGGAUAUGGCAGUGGAAACUGGUCCAUGUUUUUGACCAUGUGAGGGCUGAACCCCCCCACCCUAUUCCCAGCCCUCUGAACUUGUUCCCAGCUGCUGCUGCCUUGUUAACCUCCGAACCCUCACGGGGAGCCGCGCUCAACUUCAGUUUGUUAACAUCAAGAUCAAACCUCUAGAUGUUUGCUUGUCAGCUCUGCUGCCUUUGAAGAAAAGCUAAUGUCAAAUGUACCAGAGACUUCACUCUGUACAACCUCAGAGGAAGAGGAAUUUUUGGGGGGGGCACACUUUCUGUAUUUGUAAUUUGCUGGAAAUAAAUGACUAUAUUAUUUCA